AUGUAUUUUUGCAAUUGUUGUCUUUCUCGCGAACCUCCGUUUAUUAAUCUCGGUCGUUGUAAACAUGCGAGUUUCUUUUCAAAUUUGUUCGAAAAUAAGGUGAACACUAAAGAUAUGUAUGUGUGUCGUCUAUGCCACAGUAUUAUAAAGAAGAUAGACUGCUUCAAACAUCAGGUUGAGGAAUGUAACUCAGAAUUAAAUAAUGCUGCCGAUAAGCUGCUCGCGACGAAGCGCGACAGACUCGUCGCGUCCAAAAUUGAGAUAAACUCGACCGUGGACGGCCGCCCAGUCGAGGUCGAGGUCAGAGAGCUGAGCUCGUCCGAGUUGAACUCCAACGCGUCACUCUUCACAACCGUGAAGGUGGAACGCGACAGCGAUUCUGAGCGGGAGUCGGAGCUGCCUUUGGCGCGCUUGAGCGGCAGAAGAGGAAAGAAGAGCGACAAGCGACAGAAGAGGGCGGCAGAUAGAGCGAGAGGGAAGUACGACGGAAAGAUACGUGUCGUGCUCCUCACUAGGGAGCAGAUGAUGCGAGGAGAGGCGCGC